AUGCGGCGGGGCAACUUGGGUGCAAUCAAUUCCUUGGUGAGUGAGAACUGUGGCACGUCCGUUUCGCUUUUGGGUGAAGAAACGGCGGAACCGGCAAACCGGUUCGCCGUCAUCAGCAAGUACGAACGCACAACCUGCGAGGUGGUCGACAAGCGGCUCGACGCCGAUCCGGCCGACGCGAGCCGUCAUCGGCCGGCAGUUCAGAUUGAGUAUGAGGUCGACGAUCACCCCUACAAGAUUUGGACCUACGACGCCCGGUAUCAUCGCGGGCGAGGGUUCGACUCCGGGACCGAAUCGCAGCAGCAGGUGCUCGAUGAGUUUGUCGUCGGUGGCAACUAUGCUUGCUGGUACGAUCCGCUGCAUCCCGAUCAGGCGGUGCUCAUCUACGGGUUUCACUGGUACACCUGGGUGCUGUUAUUGCUGCCGUUACCCUUUAUCGUGAUUGGCGGUAGUGGAGCCAGCUAUAUCGGCAUUACCUGGGGCAAGUCGGCCGAACAUCGGGCGGUGCUGGUCCAACGGGCAUCGCACCUCGAACUGUUCGAGCCCAGCAACGACUACAAAGAUGACGAAUACCCGGCGGUUCCAAAGGCGACCGACCUGACGAAUAGCCCCGGUGUGCGGCUGAAGUAUCGGCUGCCGAUCGAGCGGUCGCCGAUGUGGCGGAUGAUCAUCGCGGGGGUGGUCUUCCUGGUGGUGAUGACCAUCACUGUGCUGUUUGUGAACAUGGCCGUGCAGACGCACGUGGCCAACGACCCCGACUGGCUGCUGACGGUGUUCGCCGGCUCGUGGCUCAUCGUGAGUGCGGCCACGCUGGUCUACUUCUUGCGCCAGGUGGUGGCCAACACUCGGGCGGGGAUGACGAUCGUCGAGAUCGAAGACCAUCCCCUGUACCCGGGCGGAGAGUACGACCUAUUCAUGUCGCAGACGGGCCGCCUGCGAUUGCGGUGGGUGGAAAUGUCGCUGUGCUGCGAGGAAAUCGCCACUUUCAAGCAGGGCACGAAUACGCGGACAACCCGAAAGCGCGUGUAUUGGGAGCAACUACUGCGGCAAGAAGACGUGCAGGUGCGUCAGAACGUUCCGUUGGAAGCGGAACUCAAGCUUGGAAUCCCAGCUGAAGCGAUGCACUCGUUCAAGACGAUGCACAACGUCCGUGUUAUGAUCCAACCGCGCGUGGUUGUGCACUUGGAUAACACCCGUCGCGAAUACGAGCCGGGCGAUACGCUUACCGGCGAGUACCGCAUCGAUGUGGUGAAUCGCUGGGACAUUCGGGCCAUGGAGGUCUCGGUGCUGUGGUACACCGAGGGCAAAGGCGACGAAGACCUGCAGGUGCAUUACUUUUAUCGCCUUUCGGCCGACGAUGGCGACUACAUCAAUCCGUUCCGCCCGGGACGGUUCAGCACCCGCUUGCCCAACAGCCCUUUGAGCUACGAAGGGGUGAUCGUGAAGAUCCGCUGGUGCGCCCGCGUGAGAUUGUUCCUCCCGCAGGGUAAGGAUGUGGUCGACGAGGCGUUCUUUCGCGUGGGGCAGAUUCCGGCCGCACGCGCGGUGCUGCCACACGGACAUGACGCCAAGUCGCUUGUGGAACUAUUGGCCGCGAGCGGCUGGAGUGGCGCGAUCGUUGGACCACACGGCACGGGCAAGUCGACGCUGCUCGCCACCUUGAUUCCUGCGAUCGAAGCGACCGGCCGGCGGGUGAUUCGCUACGAACUCCAUGACGGGCAGCGACGGCUUCCCUCUUCGCCAGCAUUGCCGCAUGGAAUGCUAAACGCCGUAAUUGCAGUCGAUGGUUACGAGCAGCUCUCAUGGUGGAACCGCACUCGGCUGCGACGACAAUGUCGGCAGCAGAGCUGGGGGCUGCUGAUCACUACCCAUGAAGACAUCGAUCUUCCCACGCUGUAUCGCACUGGUGUCGACGAGCAGCUAGCAGGGCGGCUUGUUCAAUCAAUGCUGCCGCCGGGCGAUACGACGAUUAGCGAAGCAGAUGUGACCGCCGCAUUGUCGAAGCAUCGGGGGAAAUGGCACGAAUUGCGGUGCGUGAUACAAUGGCGGGCGGAGGCCAUAGAUUCGGGACAGAUCUGGGUGCGUCGUUGCGCCCUGCCCGUUGAUGCUCGUCGGCCUCGCUGCGUCGGGAGGUCUUCGAUGGCCAGCCGCUGGUUCAAUGUGGCCACUGUAUUGCUGUGGGUGGCGUCGAUGAGCUGGCUGGUGAUCGCGAAGGUACUACCACCGUUGCUGGUGGGUGAGCCCCCGACCUAUCAGCAGAUUCUUUCCAAGCCCGACGAAAAAGUCAUCUGGUCGAUUCGCUGGGAUGACGCCCCCGUGGGUAUGGCCACGAGUUGGACCGAUCGUAGCACCGGUGACAUGGUGCAGAUGCACAGCGAUGUGAAGCUCGAUCGCAUCCCGCUGGCGAAGCUUACGCCCGUGUGGUUGGCUCCUCUGGUGGGUGGCAGCGACGCGUUGGAAGGUUACCUCAACCUGAGAGCACGCAGCCGCGUGGAUGUCGACCCGUUGGGGCAACUCGUCGGCAUUGAAUCCACCCUCGACAUGGAUCCCAUGACCGAACCGAUCCGCAUGAACGGCGUGGUCGACGAUGGGAUGCUGCGUAUUCAAAUCAGCGUCGGCCAGUUCAGUUAUUCGAACGAAACUGCGCUACCGCCUACGGGAUUGGUGUCAGAUAUGCUUUCGCCAGAGCCGCAGCUCACAGAGCUUCGCGUGGGGCAAAGUUGGACGAAGCCGGUUUACAGUCCGUUCCGCCCUCGCACGAGCCCGAUGGAAGUGCUGCAUGUGACGGUUGAGCGGGAAGAGUGGAUUUCCUGGCACGAUCAGGCGGUGAACUGUUUGCUGGUGGUGUAUCGCGACGACCCUGGCGGUAAGCUCAGCACAUCGUCGAGCGAUCGAGGGAGAAUGUGGGUUCGCCGCGAUGGAACCGUGUUGCGGCAGGAAAUGUCGGUACUGAAUUCGCGGAUGGUGUUUGAGCGCGUGAGCACAAGUCGUAUGAACCCAUCGGCCGAGGAUGAACCCAAGAACGCAGAGCUGGUGCCCGGCUGCGAACUAUUCGCCAUGCUGGGCCCCAACGGUGCGGGCAAGACCACCACCAUCAAAAUGCUGACCACGCUGCUGCGGCCCACCACGGGCAGUAUCCACAUCUGCGACGUUGACGUGGUAAGCGAACCCCGCGAGGCCGUGCGGCACUUGGGAUACGUGCCGGAUGAACCCUAUCUCUACGAGAAGCUCUCGGGCCGCGAGUUUCUGCAGUUCAUCGUCGACAUGUACGGCAUCGACCCCGCCGAAGGCCGGCGGCGGAUCGAUCGCGAGAUCGAGAACUUCGAGCUGGAUCGCUUCGUGGAUGAUCUGGCCGAAACCUAUUCGCACGGGAUGAAGCAGCGGCUGGUGUUUGCUUCGGCCAUGUUGCACGACCCCGAGGUGUUGGUGAUCGACGAACCGAUGGUCGGGCUCGACCCUCGCAGUGCGCGGCUGACUAAAGAUCUGCUGAAAGCCCGAGCCGAAGGUGGAAUGACGAUCUUCAUGUCGACUCACACGCUGGCGGUCGCCGAGGAGAUCGCCGAUCGGAUUGGCAUCGUCGAUCACGGUCGGCUGUUGUGCGUGGGCACAAUGUCGGAACUACAGCACACGCAGCAGCUUCACGAUUCAAGCCUGGAACGGCUGUUCCUGGAAGUGACGGCCGCGGCCGACAACGGUGCCCCGGCGGUUGAAGAAACCGAAGAAGCUCGGGUGUUCUCGCGCGUGCGAAUGCAGAUGAUUCGCAACAUCGUGCGGCAAGGGUUGGACGAAGCCCGGCUACGGGUGACCGUGGUAUUCACGCUGAGCUUCCUGUUCUGGGUCGGGCUGUUCGUGCUCUUCUCUGGCGGGUUUCGGCUUAUCGAUUCGCUGCUGGAAGAUUCUUCGAUCCGCGAUCAGACGUACGAAGUGAUCUUCGACAUCUUUUUUGUGUCGCUGAUGGUGAUGCUGGUCUUUUCGGCCGGCAUCAUUCUCUAUAGCAGUCUCUACCGCUCGCGGGAGGCCGAGUUUCUGCUGACCAUUCCGGUGCGGAACGAGCGGAUCUUUCUGCACAAGUUUCAGGAAGCGGUGCUCUUCAGUAGUUGGGGCUUCAUCCUGUUGGGCACGCCCAUGCUGGUGGCUUACGGCAUGGUAACGCUGGCCCCUUGGUAUUUCUUUGUGCUGCUGUUGCCGUUCAUUGUGGCGUUCGUGCAUAUCCCAGCCGCCAUCGGGGCGAUUGCCUGCAUGGCGAUUGUGCGAUGGUUGCCGCGAGCGCGGAUGCAGGCGUUGAUCAUCGCCGGCGGGUGCGUGCUCGGCGUGGCGGUCUAUCUGGCGUCGGUGCUGCUGGGUGGGCCCGAGGGCGAUUUGCUCACACCCAGUUGGUUUCAAGACAUGCUCGCCCGACUUAGUUUCAGCAAGAAUCGCCUGUUGCCCAGUUGGUGGUUGAGUCAUGGUCUGUUGGAAUCGGCACGAGGUAGCUGGUCGGAAAGUGUGUUGUUCCUGGUGCUGAUGAUCUCCAACGCCCUGUUCGCCCAACUGGUGGCAGUAUGGUCCGCGGCGGCGAUCUAUCGCUCAGGCUACACAGGUCUGCGAGGACGCAAGGCGUCUCGACGCCGCGUGACCGAUCAACCGAUUGACCGGGUGCUCGAGCGGUUGCUAUUCGUGCUUCCGCCGCAGAUGCGGUUGCUGGUGAUCAAAGACCUGCGGUUGUUUCGUCGCGAUCCGGUGCAGUGGUCGCAGUACGUCAUCUUCUUCGGGCUGCUGGCCAUGUACUUUCUGAACAUGCGCCGCUUCAGCUACGACGUGACGUAUUUGGCUUGGGUGAACGUGGUGAGUUUUCUGAACCUGGGGGUGGUGGGGUUGAUCCUUUCUAUUUUCACCAGCCGUUUCGUGUUCCCGAUGAUCAGCCUGGAGGGGAAACGGUUUUGGAUUCUGGGGCUGCUGCCGAUUCGUCGCGAGACGGUGUUGUGGAGCAAGUUCUGGUUCUCGACCGCCGGGUCGCUACUCCCCGCGCUCACGCUCGUUCUGAUCAGCGACUACAUGUUGCAAGUGCAACGGCUGAUUGUGGUGAGCCACCUGAUCACCUGCGUGUUUCUGGCCACGGGGCUCUCGGGCAUUGCUGUGGGGCUGGGGGCCAAGCUGCCGAAUUUGCGGGAAGAGUCGCCAUCGAAGAUCACUUCAGGCUUUGGCGGAACGCUGAACCAGGUGCUCAGCACGCUGUACAUUCUCGUGGCCACCAUGCUGCCAGCGGUUGCGUGUCACUUCUAUAUCGUGGCCAAGGGCGUGGGGAACCCGAUGCUGGUGUACCAAGGCACCGCCGCUGCCGUGCUGCUGGGGCUGGCCGCUACGACGGUACCGAUGUGGUUGGGAUUUCAGGCGUUCCGCAAGUUGGAAUUUUGA